GGAGAAUAUUUCGUACAGGAACAGUAGUGUAUUGACUACUCCAAUGGAGUUCACCAAAGGAUUUGGUCGCAUGUUCUACCUUAUCAACCCGAAGGACACCAUGUACGAAGACAUUGAAGAUGUUCCCAAUUUUUACGUGCAGGCCUGGCCGUAUUUCUUCAUGUUCAUGGUGCUUGAGCACAUAGUCCUGAAGCUGAAAGGCAAGAAAGGCAUCCGUCUAAACGAUGGAAUUACAAGCCUCUCCAAUGGGCUGUUUUUUGAGGGUGGAAGGCUAAUAUGGCGAGGAGCUGAAUCAUACCUGUACACCUGGAUAUACGCUAACUGGAGACUGGUUGACUUGCCGUGGGACAGCACAUUGACCUGGAUUCUUGCUGCCAUCGGCAUCGACUUCUGCUACUAUUGGAUGCAUCGAGCUUGCCAUGAGGUCCACGUACUAUGGGCUCAGCAUCAAGUACACCACACAUCUGAGGACUUCAACAUGGGAGUCGGCAUCAGACAGUCCAUCCUCCAGGGGUGGUGCGGAUUCAUCUUCUAUCUGCCCUUGGCUGUGAUCAUUCCACCAGCACAAUUUGUGCUGCAUCACCAGUUCAGCUAUCUAUACAUGUUCUGGAUCCAUACAGAGACUAUCAAGACCCUCGGACCUCUGGAGUAUAUCCUUAAUACUCCCAGUCAUCAUAGGAUUCAUCACGGUAGCAAUCCAUACUGCAUUGACGUCAACUACGGAGGCGUGUUAAUAAUUUGGGACAAACUCUUCGGCACAUUUCGCCCGGAAAUGGAAGGCGAUAGAAUCGUCUACGGCCUGAUUUACCAGCAACCUUCAUUCAACCCAGUACAUUUGCAGACCUACUACACAAAGUACGUGAUAAAGAAGUUCCAAGAAUAUGACAGCUGGAUUUACAGGCUUCGUGCUGUGUUGGAUAGGCCGAGCUGGAAGCCAGGCUCGACUCUAAGGUUCAGAGAUAUGGAGGAGGAUCCUAAAAUCCAUCUUCAAGUCAAAUACGACGUGAUCCUUCCCAAAUGGUGCACCGCUUACCUUCUCACACACUACAGCCUGGUUCUGUAUGGAUUCUACCAGCUGUUUCUGACCCAUAUGGCCAUGCCACAAAUGACAGUUCUGGUACUAGUUCUCUACAUCCUGGGAUCUCUCACCGUCUUCGGCAUGAUUCUGGACUCGUCACCGAAGGCUCCAAUGCUGGAAAUGUCGCGUUGUAUAGCCACGCUGCUUAUAGCCAUAUGGGUCACCCCGUCUUUGGGUGUUGUUGUUAACCCGCCCAUGCAACUGUUCUAUGUUUUAUCUGGUCUUUUCUGGUCCUUGUUCGUGUAUAAGACUGUUGAGAUUAAGGCUGUUAAGUCUAGUGAUUAAGUUCAGUGUCAAAAUGUAUCAUGAGUAUGUGUAGAUAAUCCAAAUGAUUAUUUACAAAACAUCAUGGUGAUGAGUCAUUUGGUACUCAUCCCCAUUUAAAUUAAGAACGUUAUCUUAUAUAUAACUUAUUUCAAUAUGUGUGUGCCUUUGUGUGUGUGUGUGUGUAUGUGCGUAUUUUUUUAUAUUUAAGACACAAUUAUGUAAUCGAACUUGUAAUAUGGUGAUUGAAAUAUGGUCUUAAGUUACAAUAAAGUUUAUUACUUAUUAUUAUUAUUAUGUAAUGACACAUAAAUAAAUCUAUAAAAAUACAUUUUGUAAAAAAGAAUUCAGUCCAGAAAAUAUUAAAAGACAAAUUAUAAUUUUAUUUUUCUUGUCAAAUAAGUACUGAAAAUCAUUCAAAAACAAAGCAAGAAAAUCAAGUAUCAACCGUUUGUAAGCUCACAUUUCAUACAUUGUUUUAAGUUUACGCGGUUAUUAUCAUAAUUAAAACACAUAGUAACGGGUUCUUACCGCGUUUAAAUGGAGAACCCGUUACUAUGUCACAUGUACCUAAUACCAUGUAUGUAACACCUAACUGCUUGUGACUUUGCAAUGAUUAAAUGAAUAUGAAU